AUGAACGAGGUGGAGUUUGAAUUAAGUAACACAGUCAUGGAGAUAAAAAUGAAUGUCUGGACGGCUCACGCGCGGAAGGAAAUAGUGUUGUCUGCUGGGGCGAUAGGCACACCUCAGCUACUGAUGGUUUCUGGUGUAGGGCCUGCUGACCACCUGCGUCACCACGGGAUCCCUGUGGUGGCUGAUGUUCCCGGUGUGGGCCAAAACCUUCACGACCAUCCCUCUAUCUUCGGCAUGACAUGGACGGUGCGGCCAGGGUCCUCUUAUAGGCUGUCCUCACUGGCUAACCCGCUCUACCUCAAGGACUAUAUCUUCAAUGGAGAAGGUCCCCUCACAAGCCCGUUCUCUCUCGAAGGCAAUGCAUGGAGCAGGGCGGAGGAGGGUGACCCGAACUGGCCUGACCUGCAGUAUUUGUUCAUAUCUGGUAGUCCCAGCAUGGACUACGGCCUCAUCAUCAACGACCUCAUAGGCUUCAGGAGAGAUUUUUUCAACACGUACUACAAGUCACUGUUCGGGAAAGAUACCUUCAGCAUUGGCCCAAUGCUCACGCGCCCUAAGAGUCGAGGAAAUGUUCGCCUUCAGUCCCGCAACCCUCAUGACCCUCCCCUCAUCAACCCCAACUUCCUCAGCCACCCAGACGAUGUGAGGACGUUUGUACGAGGCAUCAAGUUCGUGCUGGCCGUUGGAAACACGUCUGCUCUAAGGGAAGGCUUCGACGCCACUUUUCACGACAUGACUCUGCCGGGAUGUGAACACCACGUGUACGGCUCUGACGAUUACUGGAGUUGCUUCGUGAGGCACAUGGCGCAAACCACUUACCACCCCGUGGGCACCUGCAAGAUGGCGCCAGAAACUGACCCAGGCAGCGUCGUGGACUACAGACUAAGGGUGCGAGCUGUGUCAGGGCUGCGGGUGGUGGACGGCUCCAUCAUGCCUACCAUCGUGGCGGGAAACACCAAUGCACCCAUCAUUAUGAUCGGCGAGAAGGCGGCAGAUAUGAUCAAGGAGGACUGGGCCACCUCCUAGUAUCUCAAGCCGCCAUGCUACCUUCCACGUCGACAUGCUUUUGUACACAUAACAUUGAACUUCUCUUACUCCGUACAUCAGUUUUGUUAUCAGAUGGUCAAGUUGAGAUAGUGACUCCUGUGAACUGAAUGCACGAAAAUGUGAUAGUCUUACGGGUAUCAUGUGAACGAGAUUCUUGAAGAUGAAGAUGAAUGUGACAAUGUAUAUAUUUAGACACGAUGAGCAUGUCUACGUAAAUGUGUUAGAUAUUGGAAGGAAGGGCGUCGAGCAGCUGAUCCGAGGUUCGUGUCUCCUCACGUAAGUGACAAGUGCUGUGCAAAGCAAAAGUCUCAAGAGGGCACACUCAUCUGACCGACGAGUCAACAUGACAAUUGAGCUGUUAAUAUUGCCCACAUUGUUCUCCACGGUAUGAAUGAAUUAUUUCUGCCUCCUACCAUAAGAGGUAUUCACGUUUUUUAAGUAAGUACCUUAAAACGUCAAUGCUAAUUUCAAUGAUAAUAAUAAUAAUAAUAAUAAUAAUAAUAAUAAUAAUAAUAAUAAUAAAAAUCAUAAUAAUAAAAUAAUCAUAAUAAGAAAAAAAAUAAUAAGGAAAACAAUAACAACACUAAUAAUAAUUUAAAUAACACUAAUAAUAAAAAAAAUAAUAAUAAA